AUGUUGUAUUUGUGGGUAUUUUUGUGCUGCAUUUCCUAUUUCAUGGGUUUUUUCGCAGCUUCUGGAAAUGUGGUGAUGAUUGCAAAGAAUGUAACUUUGUCUUUCGACGACGUUGAAGCUCUCUUUGCACCCACAGUGAAAGAGUCUGGAAUAGGUGGGACUGUGAGCAUUGCAGAGCCUUUGGAUGCUUGCUCGUUACUGACCAACGAGAUAGUUGCAAGUAUGAACGGCACCAGAUAUCCAUUCGUCUUGAUUAUCAGAGGAGGAUGUAGCUUCGAGGACAAGGUUAGACGAGCUCAAGCUGCUGGAUUCGAAGCAGCCAUUGUCUAUGACAACGACACCACCGAUUUACGACCAAUGGCUGGAAAUCCUGUUGGUAUAAACAUAAAUGCAGUUUUUGUGUCGAAAGUUUGUGGGGAAACACUUGCUAGCUAUGCUGCUGGUGCAGCUGAUUUGCAGCUGUGGAUAGUCCCGAGCUAUGAGAACCCAGCGUGGUCUAUAAUAGCGCUGUCGUUCACUUCUUUAGCCGGUGUUUCAGCUGUGUUGGCUACUUGUUUCUUCGUGAGAAGGCACCGGUUCAGAGGUGAAAGGCCUCUAGCGCCCCGUGUGAGAGAGUUCCACGGGAUAAGCAGUCGUCUGGUGAAGGCAAUGCCCAGCUUGAUCUUUACAGCUGUUCUUGAAGACAACUGCACCUCUCAGACGUGUGCUAUAUGUCUUGAAGACUACAGUGUCGGAGAAAAGCUCAGGGUCCUUCCUUGUCGACACAAAUUCCACGCUGUUUGUGUCGACACGUGGCUAACGUCGUGGAGAACAUUCUGCCCUGUCUGCAAGCGUGAUGCAAAAACCAAAACCACGAGGCCUACCGCGUCAGAGUCCACACCGUUGCUGUCAGCUUCCGUUCACCCACCUUCGACUUCUUUGCCAUCUUCCCUGGAGUCAUCGUCACCCAUGCAGAUAGGGCCUUCAGUUCCACUCGUCUACAACCUGAGUGAUGCGCCUCGCCUCCAACCCGAGGGUGCUUGUGCAGUGUCGUCUAGCACGACCAACUACACUUCGUUGUCUUCUCUUAACUCCAUCUACAUGCUGCCAUAUAUUCCGGGUGCCGGUAAUGUUUCGUCGGGGUGUUUAGGUUCUUCAAGUCACGAGACGUAGGGAGUUGUCUGCGGGUUUUUGUCGUUUGGUUCGACUCCUUGGGUGCUAUGAAGCUACCUAAUUGUACAUGGUAUUAUAGGGCAAAGUCUUAGAAUCUAG